AUGACCCAACAGUUAUGUAACGAUUAUCAAUAUGAAGAUAAAGAGGAAUCAAGCCCACCACCCUCAAAUAAUUCGAGCAAUCCACCAGCUCAAAAUUUCUCACCAUAUGAACAAACUUCUCAUGACGAAGCCACAGAAAUGCUGACUAAAAUAUUAAACAUGUCGAAUGCCAAUGAAGUAUAUACAUCUAUCCCAAAUAUGCCAGCAAAUGCAGAUGACAACAGUGAUUCUGAUGUAUCAUAUUGGAGUGAAGAUGAACGUACGAUUCUAAGAGCAUUCUAUGAAAACGAAAGAGAAGAUGGGAAUGAGCAGAAUGAUGAAGAUAAUGAUGAAGUCUUGCUCGAGAAAUACAUUAUGGAUUUAUGUCAAACUACAAACAAUACAACCAAACCACUCUUACCGCCUCUUUCUCUGGCACAUGCUCCUCAGCCAUCAUCACCCUCUCCACCAUCCUAUGCCUCUGAUUCUUCCUUUUCACAUCCAUAA